AUUAAUAAUGGCAGAAACAAAACAGAGUAUUUCACUUUCUGUUCACCCUUCAAGCUGUUUGGUUGAUGAAAAAAUUGAAAUAGAUGUUAAACACUUGCCUGCUAACUCUAAAGUUACUCUUCAUGGACGUCUCAACUCCGAUGAUGGGGUUGAAUGGGAAGCGUUUGGCCAUUACGUCAGUGAUUCUUCAGGAACUGUUAAAGUUUCCAGAGAUAAAAGUGAAGGUGGGACUUUUGAGGGAAUUGAACCUAUGGGACUUCUGUGGAGUAUGAGACCGGUUGCUGAAAGUAAACCAGGUUGCAGAUUUCAGAAAAGCAAUGUCCAAACACCAGUUAAGGUGCUCAUUUCUGUAUAUGAGGGACACAUUGCUAAAGUCUAUAAGUAUCAAACUCCCCUCACAUCAGCUCCUGUCGAGCGCUGGUAUUUGGCUUCAGGCGUCCAGAGGGUUGAAGUCACAGAGAAGGGAAUAAAAGGAACCCUAUUCAUUCCUUCAGGUUCUGGACCUUUUCCUGCUGUGCUAGACCUGUCUGGAGGACAGGGGGGUCGAGCAGAGCACCAUUCGGCUCUCUUGGCAUCCCAUGGCUAUGUCUCAUUGGCCCUGGAGUACAUUGGGUUUCUUAACGCUUCGGGAAAACUCGAGCAUGUGGAUAACACCUACUUUGAGACGGCGUUUGCAUGGCUAAAAAAACAUCCCAAAGUUUGUCCUGACAAAGUGGCCAUGAUGGGGAUGUCAUUUGGUGUCUCUGUAACAUUGGCCAUGACUGCAUACUCAGAGAUAAUACAGCCCAGGUGUGUGGUUUGUGUUAAUGGAGAUCACAUCAUGCCGCUCAAUGGAUCUUUGGCAGAUGUCUAUGCAGGGCUCCAACAGAACGUUGGCAAAAUCCGAUAUGAUGAAAAAAUGAGAUUGAUUUGGCGAGAUCUGUUGCUGCCGAUUCCCGAAGACCCUACCAAGAAAAUUGAGAUGAGCAAGAUCAACUGUCCUGUUUUAUUAAUUGUUGGUGAAGAUGAUCAAAACUGGCCGUCUUCGGAGUCAGCAGCAGAUAUAAGAAAGAUGAUGGAGAAAGCUGGAAACAGUCGUCUGCUGACUCUUCUCUCGUAUCCUGGCGCGGGUCACCUGAUCGAGCCGCCCUACAGUCCUCACGUCCGAUUCAGCCACUUCAAGUUGCUGGAGGCGAAAACCAAAGUGAUGAUGGUGUGGGGAGGAGAGACUGUGUCUCACAGUCAGGCUCAGGAGAAGUCCUGGCAGAAGACGUUGGCUUUUCUUGAAGAACAUCUAUAUGACAACCUCAGAGAGAUCACCCAAUGCUAGCUGUGAUGUGCAAUGAAAAGUAAUGUUUUGGGGUUAUCGACCCCUAUCUAUUACAAAUACAGUAUGUCCUUUAGGUAAAAAAAUUAUAUGUGAUUAUUUAUAAAUCAAGUGUAAAGCUGUAAUAGUGACUUAUUCAGAUUGACAGAUGUUUUUGUGUUGUUGUUCAGUAAAACUGCCAAAGCGAUUUAAAC